AUGACCACUUGCCUAUUAACAUCCGCUUUUUUUUAUCUACUCAUCACUAACGGACGUGAUCAGGUGAACAAUAAGUACUAUACCUUAAAGCAGUUGGCUACCAACAAGAACCGGCUCGCUCAAUCCAAAAAGUGCGCGCCUUUGCUUCUGAUUGGAAAUCUGUUUUUGACUCGUUCGCAUAAAGUCAAUGACCGUGAUCAUUCCGCACCGCAGAAUGGGAUUACGGCUCCCAACGAAACGCUUCCCCGUUACUUCGCAAAAUCAGGCCCUGUCGACGCCGAUCCCCGAAAGACCAAAAAGGAUGGCGGAGGCAAGGGAAACUGGGGGCGUUCAGGUGAGGAGGUUCAAGAUUACGAAUACAGCUUCAUGAACACCCGCCGCCACUCGAAUAGCAGUGUUCAAGGAAUAUCGGGUUUCAAAACCAAAUUUGAAACCAUCGAACCUGAACCAGUCUUUGAAGAGGAUCUGCAUGGGCCAUUGAAUGAGAAUAUCAUCGAUGGGGCUCCUGUAGUGAAGGCUGACAGUGUUAGUAGCGGCACCAGCGGUGGUGGCGAGAUCGAGCAGGCAGCCGAUCAGAAAAACUCCGCAGUGAAUUGA